CACAUACAUCAUCACAAAUAAAAUAUAAAUUAAUUUUUUUACCCCCAAUUUCCACUAUUUCAUCAAUUUCCUUCCCAAAUCUACAAACCCUAAUUUCCAAUUUGGACUAAAAAGAGUGGUUAAUAUUCAACAUCAGACUGAAUUAAGUUAUGAUCAGUUUUUUAUUCUAAUUCUGUGGAGGUCUUUAUUUCUAUUAUUAAAAGGGGGAGCAUACAUAUUUAUAUCUGUUAAGGGAAUCAAAAGGAUACCUCAAAUGAAGGGAAACUGCAACAAAUCCUUAAAGCUGUUGUUCAGGAGAGGUAUUGAAGAUUUGCACGAUGAUGAUUUUGAGGGUUCAAAGGACGAGGAUUCCAUUUUUAGAGAAGUGUUUUUUGGCCAUGAAACUAAUAAAUCUAGCAAAAAAUGUCUUGUAACCGGUGCAAUCAAUUUCGAAAGUGAAAUUAAAAAGCCUAAAGACAUCUCAGUUGGCUGCAACAGUGAUAAUUCAGUCAUGACAAGUCAUAUUGAAUCUCAAAACAUGAAAGGAUCUGAAGAACCAACUAUAUUGGCAAGAAAUGACCCUGAUGUUGAAGUUAAAAGAAGGAAGAUGUUACUUGAGGAACAAGUCAAUGCUAAACCUUAUAUAGAAAAAGUGGUUAAUUCUUCAAUUCCAUCAAAAGAAAUCGAUUCGUGUUUGAUUCAACCAACUGCAGUUGUAACAUGUCGUUUAUUUGAAUCAUCGUGUCAAGGUUUUAAAUCCAGUUGCUAUCUGCUUAAAGGAGCUGUCAUUGAAGUUGUUGGCAAGGAUGCUAUAAAAUCUAGAUUAUUGAGCUUUGACACAAACGAUCAAAAAGGAAAUGAAAUAAGUGCUGCUAUUGCAUCACCUGUUUCUCAGGAGAGUCAUGCCAGCAAGCUUUUAGUUACCCCUACCCCGACUGAACCCGUUCACUGUUCCAAACGGAAGUGGAAAGAUUCUUGUAUUAAGGAACAUGAUCCUUUUCACGGCUUCAAGAGGAAAUGGAAAGAUUCUUCAUUUGUGGAACUUGAUGAAGAUGAACUUCUAGUACCACCCAAAGAGUCAACCACCGAUCUUAGACCAUUGUUGCGUUUUCAUAUCAAUCGGUUACUUAGAGCAGCAAAAUGGGUUAUAGGGAGGCGUAUCAGAACCACACAUUGUAGAGGGCGUGGUGAGUUUGUUUUUAAAACUCCUUCUGGAAGGCCAAUUCGAGAGUUUCACAGGGCUUGGAACAUGUGCGGUCAGAGACUUGUUGCAGAUGCAAAUUAUGUUAUUGGCGAGAGUGAUGGAAUAGAGUGGACCAGUUUGAGCGAGUUCCAGUCUGAUCUUUGUAAUACUUUAAUUGAGAUUGAAGAACAACUUAGCAAUUUGGAGGGUGCUACGGGUUUAGCUCAUUGGUGGUAUUUACUUGACCCGUUUGCAAAAGUGGCGUUCAUUGACAAAAGUCUGAGGUUCUUAAAAGAAGGAAAACCAGUCAAAACAAAGAGAAGUGUGGUGGAUGGUUUCUAUUCGAGUGAUGAUGCCAUCUUGCCUUCAAAAAAUGAAGCUAUUACCGGAAAUCAGAUUACAAAAAGCCUUCGGAAAGAAAAUAGCGAUUUGGUUCUAUUUUCUUGCCAAACAAACAAUAUGUAUGGAUCAACUGGAGGGUCUGAAUCAAUUUGUAUACAUCAAGAUGGCACAGAGCUCGGGUUGAACACUAAAGAACACAAUAAUUUCAAAAGGUUAUCUGAAAUGAAAUUAAGUGCCUGUUCUGGUAUGCAAGAGAUCAGUGAGAGUAGUGUUCAGUUAAAAUCUAAUAUGGCAGAGAGUGAUGGCAGUUGUAUAAAAUCCACACUUUCUUCUUCUACGGAACAGAUUGAGAAGAAGCAACCAAGGUCUAGGAAGUCCAUUCAUCAUCCUAAACAUGACAAAGAAAGAAAAGGGAGGUGUCACCUUAAUGAUGAUGAUCUUUUACUUUCAGCCAUUUUAAAAAACCGCUCUACUAACAAAUCAUCCGGCAUUAAGAAGAAAUCUCGUGUCCCAAAAGCUCCAAGGAAGUACAACGAGGGUCGAAAAGGCAGUUGCAGGUUGCGCCCACGAAGUCUUGCUAAGGGUGGCCCACAUCACGUGGAAGGGAGGUGGUCUGGGCUUGGUGUAAGAUCGGUGUUGUCUAUGUUAAUAGAUUUUGGUGUCAUUAGAGUAAAUGAGGUGAUACAGUUCAGGAAUACAAGAGAUGAUUUAGUGGUAAAAGAUGGUUUAGUUACGCGAGAUGGUAUUAUGUGUCAAUGUUGUGAGAAGCUGCUUUCAGUUUCUCAGUUUAAGAAUCAUGCUGGUUUCAGCCUGAAAGGCCCAUGUUUAAAUCUUUUUAUGGAGUCUGGAAAACCAUUCACUUUGUGUCAGCUGGAAGCUUGGUCGACUGAAUACAAGGUUAGGAGAGGUGCCACACGGACUAUUGAGGUAGAGGAUCUUGACGAACAUGAUGAUAGCUGUGGUUUGUGUGGUGACGGGGGUGAAUUGAUAUGCUGUGAUAACUGCCCGUCAACCUUUCAUCUAAAAUGCUUGUGUGUAGAGGAGCUACCUGAAGGCAAUUGGUAUUGUUCUAACUGCUCUUGCUGGAAUUGUGGAAAUGUGGUCAAUAAUAAUGAGCCUUCAAGAUUAGGUGCUCUGAAAUGUUUGCAAUGCGAACAUAAAUACCAUGAAGAUUGUAUGAGAGUGAAGGGAAUGGAUAGUGAGUUGGUGUCUUCUGCUACAUGGUGCUGUGGAGAAAGCUGUAAGGAGGUUCACACAGGGCUUCAUUCCCAAAUCGGGAUAAUGAAUCCCAUAUCUGAUGGUUUCUCAUGGACACUUCUUAAGUGCAUUCAUGGGGACCAAAAGGUUCACUCGGCUCCACGUUUGGUGGCUCUGAAAGCUGAAUGCAAUCUGAAACUAGCUGUUGCUCUCACAAUCAUGGAGGAGUGUUUUCUUCCCAUGGUAGAUCCAAGAACAGGAAUUGAUAUGAUACCCCAUGUCAUGUACAAUUGGGGAUCAGAAUUUGCCCGUCUCAACUAUGAGGGGUUCUAUACAUUGAUCUUAGAGAAAGAUGACGUGAUAAUAUGUGUAGCAACCGUGAGGAUCCAUGGGACAAAGGUUGCUGAGAUGCCACUAAUUGCAACAUGUAGCAAGUAUCGGCGCCAAGGAAUGUGUAGGCGACUCAUGGAUGCUCUUGAAGAGAUGUUGAAGUCACUCAAGAUAGAAAAGCUGGUGGUAUCCGCCAUCCCGAGCUUGGUUGACACAUGGACCAAGGGGUUUGGGUUCAUGCCUUUGGAAGCCGACGAGAAGAAGAGCCUGACCAGAACCAACCUUAUGGUCUUCCCAGGAACUGUAUGGCUCACGAAACCUAUGUAUGAGGAUGCAAUUCAAGGUACUCCAGCUGAAGCUGUAGAUACAUCCAUCGAGGGGAAUAUUAUACCCAUUUCUUCACAAGAAGAUGGAGACCAAAACCUGAAACUUUCAUUUGAAGAACUGCCAUCACUACCUUCAAAAGCCGAAGGAAGCCCAUCUGCUAUUGGUUUUGAAGCUGACCUAAUAAAGACAGAGGGAACUUUAAUCAGUCAACAGCCUUAUAAUUAUUCUGCAACAGAUACAUCCUUGGAGGAUAAGAGUGUGCCUGUUUCUUUACAAGAAGGUGGAGACCAAGACCCAAAACUUUCACUUGCAGAACUGCCAUCACUACCUUCAAAAGCCGAAGGAAGCUCAUCUGCUAUUGGUUUUGAAGCUGACCUGAUAAAGACAGGGGGAACUUUAAUCAGUCAACAGCCCUAUAAUUAUUCUGUAACAGAUACAUUCUUGGAGGAUAAGAGUAUGCCUGUUUCUUUACAAGAAGGUGGAGACGAAGACCCGAAGCUUUCACUUGAGGAACUGCCAUCACUACCUUCAAAAGCCGAAGAAAGCUCAUCUGUUAUGGGUCUUGAAGCUGACACGAUGAUAACAGAGGGAACUUUAAUUAGUCAACAGCCCUAUAAUUAUUCUGGAAUAGAUACAUCCUUGGAGGAUAAGAGUAUGCCUGUUUCUUUACAAGAUGGAGGCCAAGACCCGAAACUUUCACUUGAAGAACCGCCAUCGCCACCUUCAAAAGCCGAAGGAAGCUCUAUGGCUCUUGAAGCUGACGCGAUGAUAACAGAGGGAACUUUAAUUAGUCAACAGCCCUAUAAUUAUUCUGGAAUAGAUACAUCCUUGGAGGAUAAGAGUAUGCCUGUUUCUUUACAAGACGGAGGCCAAGACCCGAAACUUUCUCUUGAAGAACCGCCAUCACCACCUUCAAAAGCUGAAGGAAGCUCAUCAGAUAUGGCUUUUGAAGCGGACCCGAUGAUAAAAGAGGGAAUUCCCUAUAAUUACCCCGUGAUAGAGACAAAUUAGCAAUAAAGAUGUACAUUGGAGUUGAUAAAGUUUUGCAGGUUAAGGAUAUGCCAUAUAUGAUGCCAAAUAGAACAAUGGAAGGUUGAAGUUGCAUCUGUUGUGUACUUGUGUUGGCAUAUGUUGUUUGUUUGUUUGUUUUAUUAGGAAAAGGAAAAUGUCGUAUGUUGUACAAUGAGGUAGUAUGUUUAGUGGAAGAUGCAAAAUUACACGAGGGGUGAAUUAUCGACUAUCUUGUACAUACGUUGCUUUAUUUUGUUUCCCUCAAGACACCUUUUUCCUUGCAAAA